GUUGAGCCCAUUACGUUCACGCUCGUGCUUUCAUCCUUGAUUCUCUAAUCCUAUUUUCUGAGUUCUGGAAGGUCACUAACCAGAAUACCAAUUCACAACAACAUCGAUUCUACCAACCUCGUCCAUAGACAUGGCUACCCUUGCUGAUUCUUUUCUCGCCGACCUCGAUGAACUGUCGGAUAACGAGGCAGAAAUUCCGGAGGAUAACGAUGUUGAUGCUGCUGACAUGGAAGAGGAUGUUGAUGGUGAUCUGGCUGACCUAGAAAACCUCAACUAUGAUGACUUGGACAGUGUUUCCAAGUUGCAGAAAACACAGAGGUACAUUGAUAUUAUACAGAAAGUGGAAGAGGCCCUUAAAAUGGGGUCAGAUGUCUCGACUCAGGGAGUGGAUCUAGAAGAUGAUCCUGAAUAUCAAUUGAUUGUGGAUUGCAAUGCUCUGUCAGUUGACAUUGAGAAUGAAAUUGUCAUAAUCCACAAUUUUAUUCGUGACAAAUAUCGAUUGAAAUUUCCUGAGCUUGAGUCGUUGGUGCAUCACCCGAUCGAUUAUGCACGUGUUGUUAAGAAGAUAGGAAAUGAAAUGGAUUUGACUCUUGUUGAUUUAGAAGGGCUUUUACCCUCAGCCAUUAUAAUGGUUGUGUCUGUUACUGCUUCAACUACAACUGGCAAGCCUCUUCCGGAAGAAGUCCUUAGUAAGACUGUUGAGGCCUGUGAUCGAGCACUUGAUCUUGAUUCAGCGAAGAAGAAAGUUCUAGAUUUCGUUGAGAGUAGAAUGGGCUACAUUGCACCCAAUCUCUCUGCUAUUGUUGGAAGUGCUGUUGCAGCUAAACUCAUGGGCACAGCUGGUGGUCUAGCAUCUCUAGCAAAGAUGCCUGCUUGUAAUGUUCAGCUUCUAGGUGCCAAGAAGAAAAAUCUUGCUGGGUUCUCCACAGCCACAUCUCAAUUUCGUGUAGGUUACCUCGAGCAAACAGAGAUAUUUCAGACUACUCCUCCAUCUCUAAGGAUGCGAGCAUGUCGACUCCUGGCUGCGAAGUCGACACUUGCAGCACGUGUAGAUUCAAUACGGGGGGAUCCAUCUGGAAAUACUGGAAGGGCUUUCAAGGAUGAGAUUCACAAAAAAAUUGAGAAGUGGCAGGAGCCCCCUCCUGCAAAGCAACCAAAACCACUUCCAGUUCCUGAUUCUGAGCCUAAAAAGAAGAGAGGUGGUCGACGGCUUAGGAAGAUGAAGGAAAGGUAUGCAAUAACAGAUAUGAGGAAGUUAGCCAAUAGGAUGCAAUUUGGAGUCCCAGAAGAGAGUUCAUUAGGAGAUGGUCUGGGUGAGGGCUAUGGAAUGCUUGGUCAGGCUGGCAGUGGCAAACUGCGUGUGUCUGUUGGUCAAAGCAAACUUGCUGCAAAAGUUGCAAAAAGAUUCAAGGAAAAGAAUUAUGGUAGCAGUGGUGCUACAUCUGGUUUGACAUCAAGUCUUGCAUUCACACCAGUGCAGGGGAUUGAGCUGACAAAUCCACAGGCUCAUGCACAUCAACUUGGUAGCGGAACUCAAAGCACCUACUUCUCUGAAACAGGAACAUUUUCGAGAAUUAAGAGGACAUGAAACCGUGCAUGAAUUCAAAUUCUCAUUCAGUCCCAACAAUCCUUGGUUAACAUGCCUGGAAACUGUUGAUGCCGAUGGAUAUUACUUCACAGUUUUAUCAUAGAUUUUUGAAGAGUAGCCGUGUUAUGUUGUUGAUAAGUUCGCUUGUAUAUGACUUCUGCUAUGCCUUGUACCAGGUUGCUUUUCGUAGUAACAUAAAUGAUGAUCGAUAUAGUGACCAUUUUCAUGAGUUAGCUUGAGAAAAAAAAAACAUUCUCAUUGGAAUGGACCAAGUUUUGGUAUUUCAUGCACCCCAAUGAGACUCAAAUCAACACCCUUUUAUCAAUGAAUAGGGUAACCCGGAAUGUAGUUUUAUAUUUCAGAUUACCCUUUCUGGACUGAAAGUGUGUUGCUGUAUUUUUUUUUAUCCCAAUUUUUGUGUCAAUUGAGAUCAAGCUUCUUUGCUAA